GGAUUCUGCGGAGCUUUGUUGGUAGGUUCUUUCUCGCUCCUCCCACCCCCCGCCCACCCUGUCCUCUCUCGUCUGCCCUUCCUCUCCUCCAAAUCACCCUUUUCUAACUCUCUCCUCUGCGUAGGAGGUGAUAGUGUGUCGCCGAGGCAAGCAUUGCAUUACUCCAUCGCUCCGCCCGCAUCCAAUAUGGCAACUCGUCCACCGGCGGCGAGUUCGACGCACACCACGAAUGGCGAUACGCAUGCGCGAGGUCCUCCAAACAACGCUGCACCAUCUACCGCGACGCCGGCAACUGGAUCGACCGUGAAUCGCAAGAAGCAGAAACGCCGGCAGAAGCAGGCCGCUCGCUUAGCUGCGGAGCAUCGGUCGCCCACCGAUGGCUACGCAUCUGGAGAUGUAGCGGAUCCAGCGAUGGGGGAUGAUAUGCGUUCUUACGGAGAUGAUCGUGACUUCGGCGAAUCAUUUCCUAACCACGCAGCGACCGGUGUUCCCUUUGCAACCGACAAGCCAACAGUCUCGCGGCAGAACUCAAGCGACCACCCAGUAACUGACGGACCAGAUGAACAACAACUUGCGACGGGUCGGAGAUCGAGAAGGAAAAGGGGCAAGAAACAUCGCUCUGGAUCUCACACUCUCGCCGACGGAAGCUCGACCCCGCUCUCCACCCCGUCCGCCACCUUCUCCCACCCUCCGCCGCCGCCCCAAAAUAUGCCCUACGCUAGUCGGUACCCGAUGAAGGCCGGAAAGGAGGGCAGCAUUUGGAAUCAGUCUUCGCUGGAGGAGCGCGAAAACAUCAGGACCUUCUGGUUUGAGCUGGGCGAAGAAGACCGGCGGCAACUGGUCAAGGUCGAAAAGGAUGCCGUACUGAAAAAGAUGAAGGAGCAGCAGAAGCACUCCUGCAGCUGUACGGUGUGUGGGCGAAAACGGACUGCGAUUGAGGAAGAACUUGAAGUGUUGUACGAUGCAUACUAUGAGGAGCUCGAGCAGUACGCGAACAACAACCAAGGUUCGUUCGACGAGGGCUCGCCCAUCAUCCCCCCGCCUCGACUGUACCAACCCCCCUACGGUCUCCCGUUUCACCCGUCGCGAGGCAGAGUGCAGGAGCUACCAGAGGACGAUGAUGACAUUGAGGAAGACUACGAUGAGGACGAGGAAGACGAGGACGACGAUGAGCUGUACAGUGAUGAUGAGCUUGAGGACGAAGAGGCACGCGAAGCGCGGGCAGACUUCUUCGCGUUUGGGAAUAGUCUCACUGUGAAAGAUGGCAUCCUUACCGUUGCAGACGAUCUUCUCAAGAAUGACGGGAAGCAUUUCAUCGACAUGAUGGAACAGUUAGCCGAACGUCGAAUGCAAAGAGAAGAGGAUACGCAGUACGGGAUAGCCGCCGCUCAUCAGUCCUUUCAUGGAGGCCACAACCAUGGCCCCCUCGACGACGAGGACUAUGAUGACGAGGAAGACGAGGAGUAUGAUUCCCAGGAGGAGGAUGAGUAUGACGAAGACGAAAUGGACGCCAUGACGGAAGAACAGCGUAUGCAGGAAGGCCGGCGAAUGUUUCAAAUAUUUGCUGCGCGGAUGUUCGAGCAACGAGUCAUGACUGCAUAUCGAGAGAAGGUUGCCGAGCAACGUCAGAAACAGCUCAUUGAGGAGCUGUUGGAAGAGGAAACCCGAGAAGAGCAAAAGAACGCCAAGAAAGCUCGAGAGGCACAGAAGAAAAAAGACAAGAAGCAGAAACAGAAGCAAGCCAAGGACGAGGAGAAAGCUCGCCGGGACGCUGAAAAGGCGGCCGAGGAGGCUGCGGCCAAAGCUGCGCAAGAGAAAAAGCUCGAAGAGCAGCGGCUGAAGCGCGAAGAACAACGGAAGAAGCGGGAGGCCGAACGAAAGGCUCAAGAAGAGGAGCGUGUGCGGAAGGAAGCCGAGAAGCAACGGCGUCUCAAAGAGGAGCGAGAACGGCAGGCCGAAACUGAGCGCAAGCAACGCGAACAGAAGGAACUGGAGAAGAAGAAGCGCGAGGAAGCCAAGCGUAAGGAGCGAGAGGAACGAGAGGCUCGAGAGAAGAAGGCCAAAGAGGAGCGAGAGCGCAAAUUGCGAGAGGCAGCGGUCAAGGCCGAGCAGGAACGCGCCGGUAGGCGUGAUGUCCAAGCAAAGCGUGCUCCCCCAACGUACGCUGGGGCGUUUCCUCUCCAGUCAAACUCGCAGUCCCCAUCUCAUCCGGGUCCGCUACAGUCUCCGCAUUAUGCUGCCGCUAAUGUCGUCCCGAAAGCCCCAACACCCGCGAGGCCGCGCCAACCGUCUCAGCAGGACUCUCACACCUCGUCGCCUCGAUCCCAGCAAGCCAGCACAGACUCGUCUCAUCAGCCAUCCGUCUCGCCGCAUUCAAUACCGCAGUCGCAGUCGUCGGGAGCCUCCAGCAUGGGUACUAAGCAAACCCAAGGUCAACAACAGCAACCUCCUUUGCAUCACCCCCAGCCUUCGGCACCGCUGUCCCCACUUGGUCGAACCAACCCACCCGGAUUUCAAGGUUUGGGCCUGCCAUCCCACCCACCGGGCAUUCCUGGUAUGGCUCCCCGGCCACCGCUGGGACCAGACUUGCCUAUGUAUCCGCCCAACUCGACCAACCUGAUGAACCAAUUCAGAGGUUUCCCUGCGCCAAGUGGAAUUCCUGCACCGCCUGGAAUCAAUGGGUCACGUCCAAUCCCGCCAGGUCGUGGGUUCCCGCUCGAGCAUGGGCCCGGUCUUCCGUUCCAGGGACAGCCUGGGUUGUCCAACGCAUUCCCUAUGCAACAAGGUGGUCUGGCGAAAACCCAUUCGAGACAACCGUCCGGCUCGUUCGAACGGUCACCAUUGGAGAAUAAUUCCCAGCUGUACCCAAUUACGCGGCCAAGUCCGAUCAAGCGUCCGCCGAGCACCGCUCAAGAGCAGCAGAGAGAAACAGGUCCUGUUCCAUCGCAGCGGGAGGUGGACAACCUGAGCGCCCAUCUGGGCAGUAGCGCGCUUCUUGACGAUACCGACUCUCCAUAUUCAGCCAAAUUGUCCCAGUCCUUGCCCGGUGCAGUGGCCCCUGGAUCAUUCCCCGGACCAACAAGAGCUAGCUUUGGAGGACCAUCGCUAUUUGGUGAUCCUCUAGCCCCCAAGCCUGUCAACAAUUUCUCGGUCACUUCUUCGAGUAACACCUGGGGCACACCUUUCGGCAACUCUGCUUUCCCUGGAACCCCAACCUGGGGCACUGCACCUGGAAGUGGCUGGUCCCACAACGUCUUUGGAGCCAGCACUCAUCAGCGUCCGCACACUUCUCGGCCAGUUACAAUUCGCCUCUUGGUGAUCCAGGCUUGCAAGCAACUCAACGCCAUGAGCUCACAAAAAAGCCUCGCAGCAUACCAUGACGUGGGCAUCGUUCUCCGACAGGUGGAACAGCUGCGGCCUUCAAGUGAGCCCUCGAUCUCGCUGGGUGAGAUGCUGGAUAUCUGCGACACAGAGGGCAGCCCUCAGAACGGCGGCGGGUCAUUCUCCAUCAACGAGAACGAGAACGGUCAGUACGUCAAGUUCGAGCCCGACACCAACAGCGCCGUCCCUGGACACAGACCCAGCAUUGUUCCUGGAGACAUCGGCAGCCCGAUUCCUGGGAACAGCAACCCGGCCGCGUUUGGCGGGUUCGGUGGUCCCGCGCCCUCAGUGUUGCGACAGUACACCUCGCCCCCUGCUGGGUUCUAG